AUGGCUUCCCAAACGCCUACAGGCGCCUCUCAGAGGCUGCUCACCAUGAAGUUUAUGCAGAGAGCAGCUGCAGCAACUACUUCACCAACAUCGCCGAGCACUCCGACGUCCGACGACAGGCAAACAUCCAAACGACGAAAGAUUUCUGGACAGUCCUCACUGGGUACUCCCCAGACACCAAGCUACGUCAUUGAUCACAAGGCGGCGCAAGCUGCGAUAGAAGAGGAGGAGAGAAAACGCCAGGAGCAUGCGGCGAGGCAAGCGGAAAAGCUGGGCGACUCUCACUGGGUUCUUGAUGCCGCAAAACUCCCCCGCCCAGACCGGCAAGCCGGCAAGCUCCUCAAUGUGGUGCAGGUCGGGUUCUCGCAGAUUGACAGCAGGGGAGGAGUGGAGGACGAGCAAGCAAGCGAAAAGAGCGACUCAGACUCAGACAGCGACUCUUCGGAUUCGGGAUCAUCUGGUUCGUCCAGUGAGGAUUCUGCCGAGGAAGGACCAAGCCAAUCUGGUCGCGUUAGUUACGGGUCACAAAAACGCUCGGAAAUUCGGUCCAGGCAAAGUGCCGAACGUGAGAGGGUCCAGAAGCUGGCCAAAGAGCGUCGCAAGAAAGAGGUCAAGCUUAACACGCUGACUUCGAUCUCCGGCGGCUCGAACAAUUUUGGACGACGACGAUGA